AGAUAAUUUCAAAUGACAUAUAUUUAGAACCGCCACUAGUUUCUUCUAGGGUUUUCACUUCCACUCAAAUCCACAACCUAGGGUUUCACUUUCCAUAUCUUCCAAUCAACUCACCGGAAUCUCAACAACCUUCCGCCACCAAUGGCAACCACCGUCGCUCCACCACCACGCGCCGGCAAAACCGAAAGCUACGUCGACAACAAACGCAAAGACGACAUCCGCAUGUCAAACAUCAAAGCCGCACGCGCCGUCGCAGACGCCGUCCGCACCUCUCUCGGACCAAAAGGAAUGGACAAAAUGAUCUCCACCGCCUCCGGCGAGGUCAUCAUCACCAACGACGGCGCCACAAUCCUCAAUAAACUCGACGUACUCCAACCUGCCGCCAAAAUGCUUGUCGAACUCUCCAAAUCUCAAGACGUCGUCGCCGGUGACGGCACCACGACCGUCGUCGUCAUCGCCGGAGCCUUACUCAAACAGUGUCAAACUCUCCUCCGCUCCGGUAUUCAUCCGACUGUUAUCUCUGAAUCGAUCUAUAAAGCGUCGGUUAAAGCUGUUGAGGUUUUAACCGCUAUGGCGGUUCCGGUAGAGUUAUCAGAUCGUGAAUCGUUAAUCAAAUCGGCUUCCACUUCGCUUAACAGUAAGGUAGUUUCGCAAUACUCUUCGCUUUUAGCUCCAUUAGCUGUAGAUUCAGUUUUAUCUGUUGUGGAUCCUGAAAAACCAGAUCUAGUAGAUUUAAGAGAUGUGAAAAUUGUUAAGAAGUUAGGAGGAACUGUUGAUGAUACUGAGUUAGUGAAAGGAUUAGUGUUUGAUAAGAAGGUUAGUCACGCGGCCGGGGGACCGACACGUGUGGAGAAUGCGAAAAUCGCGGUGAUUCAGUUUCAGAUCUCACCGCCGAAGACGGAUAUAGAGCAGUCGAUUGUGGUAUCUGACUACACACAGAUGGAUAGGAUAUUGAAGGAGGAGAGGAGCUACAUUUUGAAUAUGAUUAAGAAGAUUAAAUCUACAGGUUGUAAUGUGUUGUUGAUUCAGAAGAGUAUUUUGCGUGACGCGGUGACGGAUCUGUCGCUGCAUUAUCUUGCCAAGGCGAAGAUUUUGGUGGUGAAGGAUGUGGAGAGGGACGAUAUUGAGUUUAUUACAAAGACGUUGAAUUGUUUGCCGAUUGCGAAUAUCGAGCAUUUUCGUGCGGAGAAGUUAGGGUUUGCGGAUAUGGUUGAAGAGAUGUCGGUUGGCGAUGGGAAGAUUGUGAAGAUUACGGGGAUUAAGGAUAUGGGGAGAACAACCACUGUUCUUGUUCGCGGAUCAAACCAGCUGGUUCUCGAUGAAGCGGAGAGGAGUUUGCAUGAUGCGUUAUGUGUGGUCAGGUGUUUAGUGAACAAACGGUUUUUAAUCGCGGGUGGUGGUGCGCCUGAAAUCGAGCUUUCGCGUCAGCUAGGUGCGUGGUCUAAGGUUUUGCACGGGAUGGAGGGGUUCUGUGUCAAGUCUUUUGCGGAAGCGCUUGAAGUUGUUCCGUACACGUUGGCUGAAAAUGCGGGUUUGAAUCCGAUCGUGAUUGUUACAGAGCUUCGUAACAGGCAUGCGCAAGGUGAGAUUAAUGCUGGGAUUAAUGUUAGAAAGGGGCAGAUUACUAACAUUUUGGAGGAAAAUGUGGUGCAACCUUUGCUUGUGAGCACAAGUGCUAUCACUCUAGCUACAGAGUGCGUGCGGAUGAUUUUGAAGAUUGAUGACAUUGUUACAGUGAGGUAGAAUCGAUGCAAACUUAUCGGUUUGUUGGAGGUUUGAGGUAUGUUUAUCUAUCAUGGUUUGGUUUUCGGUUAUCUUGUUUUGAUGAGAUUUAUGAUAUUUUAUGUAGAACCCUUAUUGUAUGUUUUGAAUUGGCGUUUCUGCUCUUUUAUAUGACUGUUUUUAUCUUCCUUUUAUGUUAGGGUUAUCAUCAAAGAAUUUUGAAUGAGUGAA